UAGACGUGUGAAAGAGGCUCAGAGGAGUUGGAGAGUAAAAAUAACGCGUUCAUCUUCAUAACGUGUUGCGAUUGAACACGGGAUCAUUUGUAAUAUGUCUGAUGAACAUUACUGAAGGAAAGUAUCUGCUGUGGAUGAGAAUCCGGAGUGUUAAAACUGGAUUAUUAAACUGAAAGUGAAACUGUAAAGGACAGAUCUGUGAAAUGGCGUCUAAACUUUCUGAGGAGGAUUUCUCUUGUCCUGUGUGCUGUGACAUUUUUACAAAUCCUGUUGUCCAGUCCUGUGGUCACAGUAUGUGUGAAGAGUGUAUUCAGAAGUUUUGGGAAAGUAAAGGAUCUAAAGAAUGUCCAGUUUGCAGAAGAAGAUCGUCAAAUGUUUUUCCUCCAGUAAAUUUCGCUUUAAAGAACCUGUGUGAGAGUUUCAGGACAGACAAAACUCACAAAGCUGUGAUCGAUAAUAAGAUGGAUCCAUCAGAAGAUUACUCUGUUAUAACUCAGGAGGAGCUGGAAGAUCUUAAAGAAUGUAUAUCUACUCAGGAUCUGUCAUCAGCUGUUGACACCAUCAAACAUUUCCUCGAACAGCAAGAUCAUGUAGAAUUUAAUAUUGCUGUGACGGGGGAAUCUGGUUCUGGAAAGUCCACAUUUAUCAAUGCUUUUAGGGGUUUGGGAGAUGACGAUGAGGAUGCAGCUGAAACUGGUGAAGUGGAGACCACUAAAGAACCCAAAGCUUACAAACACCCAAAAUAUGAAAAUUUGAAAUUCUGGGAUCUUCCUGGAAUAAGAACACUGAAGUACAAAGCUCAUGAGUAUCUUGAACUUGUUCAGUUUGAGCGCUAUGAUUUUUUCAUCAUCAUCACUUCAGAUCGUUUCAGAGAAUAUCACGCUGACCUGGUCAAAGAGAUCAAGAGAAUGAAGAAGAAUUUCUAUUUUAUUCGUUCCAAGAUUGAUUUGAGUAUUGAUGGUGCAAAGCGAAGAAAAAACUUUGAUGAGAAAAAGACGCUGGACAACAUACGAGAGGACUGUGUCAACGGUCUGAGAGGGAUCGGUGUAGAGGAUCCUGUUGUGUUCUUGAUUUCUGGCAGGGAUCUCAACAACUAUGAUUUUAAUUCACUGCAGAAGAGGAUGGAGACUGAACUCCCACAACACAAGAGACAUGUGCUGAUGCUGACUGUACCAAAUAUCACAACAGAGAUUACUGAGAGAAAGAAGAAAUCUCUAGAGAAAAACAUUUUAAGAGUAGCUUUAUUAUCUGCUGGUGUGGCUGCACUUCCUCUUCCUGGUCUUUCAGUCGCUGUAGAUGUAGCUCUGAUAGUAUAUGAGACACUAAAGUACAAGACUGUAUUUGGUCUGGAUGAUGAAUCUCUGAAGAGGAUCAGUGUAAGAUCUGGGAAGAGUAUUGAGUUUCUAAUGAGUGUGAUGAAAUCAAUUGUGCGAGAAGGAAUAACCGCUAAUUCAAUUAUCCAUCUGCUGAAACAAAGCUCUGUUUAUGUAGCAGAAGAAGCUGUUGAGGAAGUUCUUAGUUUUAUACCCAUUAUAGGCUCUCUUGUGGCUGCAGGAUUGUCUUUUGCAACAGUUUAUUACAUGCUGAAGAAAAUCCUGAAUGAAAUUGCUGAAGAUGCCAAGAACGUGCUAAUGUCCUCACUUAAGUAGCCAAAUUUCAUUCAUAAUUAAUAGUUUUAAUGUUCUACACUAUUUAGGGAUAUUUACAAGAUUUUUUAAAACAAGUUUUUACAUAUAAUAUGUUUGUAUAACUCUAAUUUCAAUUUAAAUAGUUUGAAUAAUACAAUCAAUAUACUGCAGUAUUAGUAAAUUAAACUCACAAUGAUAAAUAAUAUUACAUUAUAACAACAGAACAAUGUGAUCAAAAUGUUUUUCCAUUUUAAUGGUUGUUGUUAAGCGUGCUAAAAAAAUAUUGUGUGACUGCUUGUACUCACAGAACUGUGUUGAUUUAUGUUUACAUGAUCAUAUACUCCACUGAUUAUAGACGAAACCUGCAAAAUUCGCAUUUUAUAACAUGGAUAGUUACUGGUAAAUUGUCUGCACUUAUCUAGCGCUUUCUUUUAACCUUAGAGGUUACCAAAGUGCUUUACACUAUGUCCCAUUCACCCAUUCACACUCACACUCAUACACCAAUGUGCUGCCAUGUAAGGCGCUAGCCUGCCAUUGGUAGCAACUUGGGGUUUCAGUGUCUAAAUGCUGGUCUUGACAAUUACAUUUUCUUUUUGUGUAUUUCUUUUUUUCAACUGAUGAAUGAAUGAUAAUAAAUGUAGUA